AUGCUGGCAGUCUGCAGCCUCCCCAAAGGAAUUCAAGGCAAUGUCCACGCGAAUCCCAUCAAAAUGCCUCAUUUUGCUGCCUCCUCUAACUAUUGCAAGCCUAUUACACUGUAAUUUGCAGUCUCCCCUCGUAUCCUGCAAUUUAGUGAUUUCAUAAAAGGUAUGGCUAACUUCAGUAACGUGGAGAUUAAGCCAGGGAGCAUGAAGAAAUCUUUAACAAAUCCCUUAGCAAGACCUUGUUAGGCUCUCUCCAACAUCCUAUUAUCUAUACCCAGGAAAAUCACAUAUUGGUAUUUUACUUCCAACUGUACAUAAAGAUUAAGACAUGCACUUUACACAAAAUAGUGCAUUUAACCCACUGAUAAUCGUACACUCCCAGUGAAAAUGGGGGUUUAAUUUACUCAUAAUCAUGAGAAGUUGAUAAUUAUUUAAAUGUUAUUUAUUUUUCUAAUUAAUCGAUUAUCUCUCUUUUGAACUGUAUGGUGCCAAGUUAUUGAUACAUUUUAACAACAGAUACAUUGAAACAAUAUCAAAGCCAAGAAUAUUACUUUUAAGAAAGAAGUAGUUAAUUUAAAUGAGUAAACCUUUCACUCCCUUGUCUAUUGCAUCUGAAAAUUACAAGGCCUGAAAAAAUGUAUAACCUGUUUUGUUUAGGAGGUCAUUUGUUACAACCCGCUUUGUUUAGUGGGUUCUUAUGUAUAAUAGAAAACAAACCCCUAAACAAAACAGGUUAACAAUUAUUAUAAUAUAUAUAUAUAAAUGUAAAUACAUUUCUAUCCUGGUGUUUUAUAUAUAUAUAUAUAUAUAUAUAUAUAUAUAUAUAUAUAUAUAUAUAUAUAUAUAAAACACCAGGAGAGAAAUUAGUUAAAUAUCUUACAACAUUUGAUAAGUUACAAUAUCCUAGUGCAUCAAUGUUCAUCUAAUAAAAGAGUUUAUAUUUUAACAACACGAAUACAUCACUUGCACAUGUCACAGUCUUCCCUGAACUUGAACUGAAAGGGUCCUGUUUAUUUGAAAUGUAUACUUCCUACUGCCAGUAUUGUUUGUGUUUAAAUUAUAACAUAAACUCAUACAUAAGUGCAGAGGCACUAGUACAUUUUACUAUAUAUACAUGAUAUAAAUCAAAUAUAAUGGUAUGAGCAAGAGUGGGAGUGUGCAGUGGUAUACGUAUGUCAGCUCCACACACAUACAGACAGAUACAGUUUAAUUGAUAGAAGCAUUAAUAUAUAAAAUAAUAUUUAACCUUUCACAAUUUAUGUUAGUAUAUUAGUGAACAUGGAUACAUGAGUGUUAUUUUGUAGCUAUGUUGUGUACAUUUCACAUUUCCUCCCUGCACUGUGUAGUUGUGUAGCAGUGUGCUGUCAUGCAUGGUUAGUAGAGGAACAAUGAAGUGGCCCACAGUGCAUUGUUGGAGUGCAGAGCAGGUUUGAUCAGCCUGCUGGGAUAGGUCUAUCUCAUUCUCUCUCUCCCUUGCUGUGUACACAUAGUCUCUCACACUCUCUCUGUACACACACAGUGUGUGGCACGCUGGGACUCCGGUGACGUCAUGCGGAUCUGUACAGAUCUCCCUGAGAAAACCCAAUAGCACCAGAAGUGUCUCCCCAGAACGGCGCUGUGCAAGGGCGGCUCAUCUACACAGAGCUUAGCCACUGGGGAUCUAACAUUGGACUCUGCAAGCCCAUACAGGGACGCGGCGCUUUACAGGUAAGUCAAGUUCUGUAUGUCCAUACUGGGGAUUAGUAGUGAAAACAAAUAAUAUAAUAUUGCUUUCUUCUUCACCAGAGUCAAAAACAUUCUGAGCAAAACAUUGUUUAUAGAGUUCUUACUGACAUACACUGCUUGCUUCGCACAAAACUACAGCUUCACUACAUAUUGUUAUUAUUGUUAUUAUGGCUAAUUAAAAUAAAGUUAUAAUGGUAUUAUUAUUAUUAUUAUUUCUAAUUAAAGUAAUAAAAUGAUAAUCAAAGUAAUUAUAAAACUAACUAGCGAGGUAGCAAUGAUUAUUUUGACAGUUGGAAUUAUAUAUAUAUACAUGCAUAUUAUUAGCUUGCUUUACUUGUACUAUAUAUGUAAAUAUUUGCUUGUUUUUCUUGUUUUAUGUAUAGAUAUAUAUAUAUAUAUAUAUAUAUAAAACAAGAGAAACAAGCUAAUCAAUAAAUGAAUAUAUAUUAGUUUUUCCUUUAUUUAUAAGCCCCCAGUUUGGAGGGGCGCCUCUCCCAAGUUCCUGCACAUUUGACAGCUACAAUUGCCUACGUUAUACUUAACCACUUAAAAUCUGUGUCAUUAUUUAGAUAGUCAUCCGGAUUAACCAAAUGACUCAGUUGACCUCACAGGGCUGAUCAGCCCCCUCCCACUCUAGCACCCCUCUUGCAAAUGUAACUCGUUUUAUAGAAACGUUUAUUUCUUGCUUUUACUUAUUUCUGAGUCUGUCCUACCUUGUAAGAUAAAAAAAAAACUAAUAACUAAUCUUAGAGAUAUAAAAUAAUGAGCUUUGUUUUUUUUCUCUGUUUUUCGUUUUUUUUCUAAUUUCCUUUUCCAUGUGUUGCUUUUGUGUUUUGUUUUGUUUUUUUAUCUGACCUUUUUUAAUUUGUUAUUGUCUUAAGUUAAACCACAGAUUUUUCAAAUGUGGGUUUUGUUUGCGGGGUGCUAGCAGACCGGAUUAUGAUAUUCUUAGUAUGAAAGGUAUGAGUUCCAACUCAUUGGUUAAGCAUUGUGUUGAGCACUCAAAGGGUUAAUGGGAGACCCAAGGCAAGGGCACAAUGUAUUUCUAAGCAGCAUGCGUUUUCCAGACAAUCUCUUCAUUUGCUGAUGCUGAUUGCUCACUUUAGCCUUGAAGUUGGGUCCUUGACGUAUUUAUACCUUGUAUAAAUUCUUCAGCAUCCCUGCACUUCGUCAAGCCUUACAAAUAUGUUAGAACAUACAAUUCCAAAGGGGGGUUACCUCACUCCACUAACCUAAAGAAUUAAGCACAGGCAGUUUACUAUCAGGAUUGAGCUCAGAUGUAGAAAGAUUGGAGUGUGAGCAUUGCACAAUAUCAUGACUUCCUCACAAAAUUCAGUCUCUUGCAAAACAUGAUGGAUUUGACAAGACACACAUUUUUUAAUAGCCAAUAAACUUAAUACUUAGAGUGGGGCAUGUGAAAGAUAUUAUUCAUAAGAGCUUAACUCUUACCUCACUAAAUAUCCACUAGUCAAGGGGGGAAACAAAUGAGUUGACCACUCUAUACCUGGCAGUCUAUUAGUUAACCCUUAAUAGAGGGCACAUGUUAGACCCUAUAUUCUUUUUAACAUUGUUCGUUAUUGGGGUCAUGAAAUAUAGCAUGAGCAUUGUUGGUAUAUUUUGUAAAGGUUUAGCAGUUUUAUUAUAUAUUAAAAAAAAAAAGCAAAAUAAAAUACAUUAGGUGAUUAGGAAUUAAAAUAUGCUCCUGUAAUUAUGUUUGUAAAAACACAAGAGCAGCAGUUAAUUACUCUGAUUAAAUACAUUUGAAAUGUCUGAAUGCAAGAGAUCAAUAUCUCAAUAAGAAGGUAAACCACAAGCAAAAACUGUUAGAAGUUUAAUUGCAAGGCAAUAAUGGGCAAUGUAGCCAAAUUAGAAAAUUAUCCAUAAAAAAGUCUAUAACCCUUUAGAAAAAAAAAGAAAAAUGAUCUGCAUGAUCCUGACCUUGAGCUUCCAUGCAAAUUAAUAGUAGGCUACUGUACAGUUAGGCUACAAUGAAUCUUUCAAUGUUAACCGUGUUUUUAUGGUUAUUAGGGAGAAUUGAAUGGGCUUGUUUUUCUUUUUCGUCCUUUUUUCACCCUCUUUUUCUAUAAUUGUUUAUAGGACUGCACAAUAUUAAUUUAAUUAUUGUUACCAUUUUAUAAGUGUAUAUUAUAACAAGGUUCAUGUAGCAUGUCAUUCAGUUAGUCCUCAAUAUAUAAGGACUAUAGUUGUUUAAAAAAAAAAUGUGGGUUAUUUUUAAAAAGCUAUAUAUAAAUGUCAGUUUUCGGAUUUGCACUUUUUAAAGUAAAAACCAGUGGAGUAAUCUUUCCAAUGUUCUUUGUUUACAGAGAUAUUAUAAUGGAACUAAGUCUUUCUAAGAAUGCCCCUUCCUAUGUAGAAUUAGGUAAGUGAUAAUCUGAAGGUAUCAAAUUGACUCUCAAUUCUUUCUGCUCUUUUUUACACAAAAUAUGAAACUGAAAACAUUACAUUUUUUUAUUUAGACAUUAAAUACAUCUACAAAUAAUGCAUGUUGUGUGUGCCUAUGUGGAUAUAUGCACACAUGCCUGUGAUGCUGUAUAGUGUAAAUAGUUAUUAUGUUGUAUCGUUUUGGAUCAUUUGAGAAAUUAGUUGGAAAUGUAAACACUUGUAGAGUAUUCCACUUUAUUUUUGGCCUUCAUUUCACAAAACUGUACAAAACCAUUCACUGUUUAGUGAACAUGCCCCUUUACAAAUUCAUUCCUUAUUUUUAAAAAAUUCAGUUCAAGAAGGAUAUUUCUAUUCUUUGCUCUAUGGCCCUGUCAAAGGAUGCUAACACGAAUCAUAGGAAAAAUAGUAAAAUAUACUGGAAACUGGGAACACUUACAAAAUUUAGGCCAAGACAGAUACGUUUAAAAAAAAUGACCAAAACAGAAAUGUUGCAAAUAGAAAAGAAAAUCUGAUUUUACUAAAAAUAUAUAUUCCAUAAUUUACUCCAGCUCUAUUAACCUAAACUUGCAAGUCGUAUGUCGUACUACCAAAAUUCACUGCUUAGUAAAUAGACCCCCCUCGACGAAUGUGUUUAAUGUGACUUGUAGUGAAAGGGUUAGAGUAGAUUUUUUUUAAGCACACCAGAGGCAGGCCAUUACUUCUGGCUAAGUCUUGUAAUGUAAUAUAUCUUAUACAUCUAAACAAUGUUGCAUUUCUUGGAUUUAUUCAGUAUAUUUGCUGACACUGCUUAGAUCUUUUUGCAUGAUGUUGCUAUUAAUGUUGACUAAUGAUAGAUCACCUUUAUCUUCUGAGUUGUUGUUUUUUGUUUGUUUGUUUGUUUUUGCAUGCAAAAAUGUAUUUAAUUAAAUACCCAAUAAGGAAUUUGCAUCACAGGUCUUCUAAGCUCCAGAGAUGCUCUUUACCUGUCUGGGUACCAGUUGCAUAUUACACACAAUUCAUAGGAUCGUAGAUUUCCCAACAACAAACAGUGAAUGACAAAUGUCACUUAGUUUCCACGUGAAAGAGAAUUUUUUAGAUUUGGUAUAUUUAAUGUCAGGGAACACUUUUAGCAUCGUUUCUGUAAAAUAUUAAUAAAUCUAAGUAUUAAAUAGUGUCCCCAUUAAUUCUACAAACCCAAACAUUGGCUGAUCAUAAAUAUUGUAUUCCUUAUAAUGUAAAGCUGUUUUAUGUGUGUGGAGGGGAGGUGGAGGGGGUUGCGCGCAUCUAUAUAACUGGCAUGCAAAUUACAUGCAAAUUGGGUGUUUCUGCGUGUAUCCUCGUUUAAGCAGGACUCCUACAAUCCCACAACUUCUUCUUUAUAUAAGUGAAAUUGCCUCGAAUAUUUCUGUAUGCUUUGUCAAGUCAUUGUACAGCGCUACGCAAUAUAUGGGCGCUUAAGAAUAAUAAUGGUAUUAAUAAUAGUAAUAAUGAUAAUAAGUAUAAUUAAUAAAAAAAAGUAUUAUUAUUAUUAAUAAUAAUAAUAAUAACACAUCUCCUCCCAUACACACAUAACAGAGCAUGCUUAAUUAAGCUUUUACUGUGAAAAUUCUGAAUCUCUACAAAAACAAGCCAAAGAAAUGCAAAGCAAACCAUCUUUCUAUCCAGGCCACACACACAUGCUUCACAGUGUAUUGAAUGUAUACCUAUGUUUUUUAAUAUGCUGAAAAACACAAGUUAGUCAUAAUUCUCAUGUAUUCACUCCAUAAUUUAAGGACCUCUAUAUGCACACAUCGUUGAUCAUUUUCAAUGAGUUAUUAGUUGUUAGGCAGUUGUUUUCUAUGUCACUGUAAAAUACUGUAUCUAGAGAUGGUAGGUGGUCCCUGAACAUUUAUUUAACUAAACUGGGUUUUCUCGUUUCAACUCAUCCACCAUACUAAGAGGCUUAAAGCUGGAAUGUCACUUGAACAAAUAGUUACCCAGGGGUAUGAGAAGCUAUUUCUCAAAGAGCUAUUGUUUUCCCUAAAUACUGGAUGUUUUAUCCACCAAAAAAAAAAAACUAAUUGUAAAAACAUUUCUGAAUAUUUUUAAAGGCUUUUUAACUUUGAGGGUUUUUUUUGUUGUUUUUUCUUUUUUUGAAGCAUCAAAAAGAGUUGACAUAAAGGUGAACUGAGACAAGUGUCAUUGGGGUGAACUGGCACUCAAAGGGUUAGCAAAGCAUUAGCAGGCCUUCCCAAAAAGUGGUCAGACUGCUCCUUCAUUUCCUUAAAAUGCCAAAACAUCGGAUUUAUAGAGGAGGACAAGCCUGAAAUCAGGAGAUCAAAACUGAGAAGGGGGGUUAAGCUUGUAUGGGACUUGUAAAAGAAUCCACAGUAACUGCUCUAGCAGACUAUGUUAGCACAGCAAGUUAGUGCAGGAAUAGGCCCCUCCAGAGAUGUAGGCUACAGCUCCCAUCAUUCUUAGCUUCCAAACGUAUAGAGUUGCAUCACUUCAUCUACAUCACUUCAAAUGGCAAAAAGAUGGCUAGACAUACUUUAUUCAACUCUCCAUCCCAGCUGCAUGAAUGGAAGGUUGUAAAAUGAGUAGGGGGAGAUUAUUUUUUUUGUUGUUAAAUAGAUGUUCUUAAAAACUGCAUUUCACCUUGCACUAUAUUCAUCUUCUGUUGCUACAAAACAUAGUAUACACUUAGCAUAAAGCACACUAUAUAUAUAGGAUUGUAUUAUGGUACAGCUAUGAUUAAUUAGGUACAUAUUGUGUGUGUGUGUGUGUGUACACCUUAUACCUUACCCUUACUUCAUCCUUAAUUGCUUAUAUUUUAUUUACUUUCCUCAAUGUAUAAUUGUUAUCUUAUUUAAAUUCGUUGGUCAUAUAAAGUUUACGAGGAACAUUAUUUAUCUUUCUACAUACAAUAAGACUUGCAUGUGAGUUUUUGUUUUUUAGAACGCUCAGCACUUGCUCUAGUGAAUAUUCCCCAAUAGUGCAAUAUGCCACUUUUGUUAUGAUACUCUAGAUUGGCCUGUUCGAGUCUGUAGAUUGCUGAUUUUAAAGUGUUUCCCGUCUUUUCCGGCAAUUACCUCCCCCAAGAACAACAGCUGUCCUAUAACUGCAAGACUCAGCUCAAAUGAAAGGAUUUCACAAACCAGAAGACCUUCCAUUUAGUAUGGCCCCAAACUGCUUUUAAAGGCGAUUGAUAACAACUGCAUAUUUACUGGAACCCUUAUGAAGCAGUUUUACUGGGCCAAGAAAAACUACAAGUUUUAGGGUAAAUACAGCAGUUAAUAAAGAUACAGGGUGUCUAUUAUAAAUUAUUCAGCUGUGGGGGACUAUUUAAGGAAUACUAACCAUUCCAGACUGUGAAUGAUUUGGAAGAGUCAACCCAAAAAAAACAUUUAAUUUCUACUUAGUGUGUUUACAUAUGUAUAUAUUUCACUGCUAUAUUGUAACAACAGUCAGUAAGCAUCUGUACUUCUCUCAUAUACGAAAAAUACUCUAUUUGUAUUUUGUAUCCAAAAAAAAAAAUCUUAUUAUAAUUAGGGUACUUAAUUUGUCAGUGUUAAUUAAUUGCCUUGAUAACUAUUUGCUAUAUACUUGUACUACUUUAUGAAUAUAUACUUGUAACUAAAUUGUAAGUGUAACUAAAUGUAACACUUUCAAAUCUUCCAAACAUUCUCUCUCUCUCUCUCUCUCUCUCUCUCUCUCCAUAUAUAUAUAUAUAUAUAUAUAUAUAUAUAUAUAUAUAUAUAUAUAUAUAUAUAUAUAUAUAUAUUCCUUCAUAUUAACUGAGACUUGCAUAAUUAAGUAUUUUAUUUUCGGUUGUCGUUUAGAUAAGAAAAUGCAUUAAGUUUGAAAAUAUGUUCUACUCGCUUAUAGUCAGUAUUAGAGAAUAUGAUUAAUUGAAGUAAUUAUUCCAACCUCCAUUUCAAACUAAAGUCAGCUAGUCUACUAAAUUCAGUUGGGAACAUUCAAUAAACCACAAAUUAAUAGAGAAUCUUAAAUAGAAAUGCAAAGUUUAGCCGAAGCAUCCGAACUGAAAAAAUAAACUAAUUUUGCAAAAACUGGUUCUAAUUUUGGCCUAAAAUUUGAAAGUCUCUUUUAAUUUCUCUGCAAUUCUUGUUGGACCAAUUUAAUUAUUUUACAUUUCAUUUCCACGUGAAAAUAAUAUAGAACUCGAUUUGUAAAUGUGUUUUAGUGACCUUAUGAUAUUCUGUUGGCUUUUGUAAGAUAGCAAAACUAAAGUCUUAAACCAACUUGUUUGAUUUGCAUUGAAUAGCUGUAUUCCAAACGAGUUUGUUUAUUUAUGGUAUACAAUGGGUAAUUUAUGAUACACAAUACGUUCAAUAAUUGAACUGAGAGGCUAGUAAUGCGAUUUUGUAACACAACAACUAACGUAUUAUACACAAACAGAAACUUAGAAACAUUUAUGUGUACAUACACAGUCAUAAUAAAAAAUAUACUGAGAGAAUAAUACAGAACACAUAUCAUAUGCACACACAAGUCCUAUAUACACACACAACAUGAUGAAUUUAGAGAAAGACUGGGGAAAUUAAAAUUAAAAUCGAGGACUCACUCACCCUAAUAUUCAUCAAGUAAAUAAUUAACUGUUAGGACCUGGAAUAUAGAAUGAAACACAUUGCUGCUUUGCAGUGAGAUGGAAACAGCAAUUAAUAACCGGUAAUAACUGGUAUUUUGAUUUAUUUAUUUUUUUAACCUCAAUGCCUUACCUAAAUGCACACAUUCACAUAGACACAAGCACAGAGUUGUAUACCCGUAAAGAUAGAUACACAUAUGGGUACAUGCACACACACACACACACAAGCAAAAUGAUAUAGAUAUAGGAAAACACUAAAUGCCAACACAACACACACAAAGUCGAUUAUCACAUAUACAGACACAAACUACAUGUUUGUGGACAAUGUCCAUGCACUUGUGUAGAUACAGAUCCACCUCUCCCUAUAUGUAUGUAUAUAAAAUAAAACAAGAGAUAACAUUAUGAAUCUUGUUUAUAUAUAUAUAUAUAUAUAUAUAUAUAUAUAUAUAUAUAUAUAUAUAUAUAUAUAUAUAUAUAUAUAUAUAUACAUAUAUACAUACAUACAUCACAACACAUGCAUACAUAUACACACAAUUAUACCACUGUAUGCCUCGAGACAUUUGGCUAAAGUGUAAAGUUUAUGCAUAAUAUUUGCUGGCUCUCAAUAUCACAAUCCAGUUAGGUUAUUAGGGAUUGGCCAUGUCAUCAAUCGGUUAUUUUAUGGGUUUGGUAGGUCAUGGGAAUGUCAUUAUUAUAUAACUUUCAUAUCUUGUGUGUAUCUGGCAACAAAACACAUUUCAGUAUGGCUAAUGACAUCAUUAACCCGGUACACAAAUUAUAAGCAGAGGAUUUUGUGUAAUUCAAAUAGUAACUGUGAUGACUGCAGGACCGCUAGAAGGUGUUUUGCUUACCAAACAUUUGAUCUUGCUUAGUUACACUGCACACACAUACUCUGUACACCGACAAAAAAACACACACACACAAAAAGAUACACACACAGUAUUAAUAAGGAGCAUGAUCCCUCAUAGUUUAAAUUUAUGCCCCUCACAUUUUUGUUGCAACGUACAUUGAUGUGACCUCCUGCUUCAUAACAUUUUAUAUUUAUUAAAUUGCCAAGAGGGACUGUUGUAGCUCAACUAAUCUUGCACCAAUAUCAUUAUAUCCAAAAGAGAAAAGAUAUUAGCUCUAACUGCUGUCUAAUACUAAUUUGUCCAAACACCAAGAGAAAAGAGCUUUCAGCUGACAAUGAGUGGGACCUUUGUGUCUUCCUUGAUAUGGUAUAGACAGAUACCCCUGGGUAAAAUACAUAUCUGUGGGUUAAAUAAAAUCUAUUGUCAUUAGUGUCUUGUGACGUCAUAAUGACUUUUUAAAAGUUGUCCCCCAUGUGCAAAAUACAGGACAUGUCUCCCCCAGUGUUUAAGUGGCACACAAGUUGUAUUCAUUGCAUCAGAUGUGUGUCGGAUUUUAUUUGGUGGUAUUUUAAUAGACAAUGCACUGUUAGGGUUGUGGAUGUUAAAUAAUCCAAAACAAAAUGAAGAUUGAUUGGUAUGGAUAAAGUAAUACUUCUAUCAGCCAUUAUGGUAUGCUAUUUGCAUGUGUGUAGAUAUAUAUAUAUAUAUAUAUAUAUAUAUAUAUAUAUAUAUAUAUAUAUAUAUAUAUAUAUAUAUUCUAUAUAUAUAUUCACUAAGCGGUGAUCUUUGUCUGCUUAAAUAAUAUACAAAUAUUAAGACAAAAUAGCAGAUUUGUUUUAAAAAUGAAUUCUGCUAUUUUCUUUUUAUUUUCCUCUCUUUAUUUAUUUUGUUAUUGUUAACUUUUUGUCUUGAAGUUAGCAAAUCGAUGUUUGCAAAAGUAUCCGUUCAUUCGAAUUGUACGACCGAAUUUGGUGAUUGGUAUAGAUUUUGCACUUUAUUGCCAACUACAUCGUUGUUUAGUUAAUCAACCCCACUCCUGACAACAAAUAUUUUGGAUAGGAAAUUAAUCUAUACAGAUGUUACCUUCUAUCCUAAUAGUUAAAUUAGCAUAUCCGUAUAUAUAUAUAAUAUCAUAGAAAAUAUUAAGUGAAGGUUGAAGUCCAUAUCAUCUGCAAAUAUCUGUGCCAUAUCUUAAUGAAAAACAGGACUGCUGGUCCUUGUUAAACUAUUGCUAAAAUUUGUACAUUUUUGAACCUUGAAUUCUACUUUAUAAUAGAAGAGGCUUAGAGCGUGCCAGUUUAAUGCCCAGUAGCAAUGGGUGAACUUAGAUAAGGAAUUGCUGGGGUCACUGAGCCACCUCAAGAUGUAUUUAUUUCGCUGAAUACAAACGAAAACAGUAAUUCCUUUUAACCAUGUUUAAAAUGAAAAAAAAAAAAAAAGAUUUCAGCAUCAUUAAAAAAAAAUACAGCUUCUGGUAUACAGUUUAUACAAUAUUCGUAACACACUGUAUUCAGUGCGGAUACAUAGUUAAAUAUCUGAAUAGUAACAUUUUAGUUUAAUUUGUUGCCUAUUUACUUUUCACUUUUUCAUGGUCAUUUUAGAACCGAAUUAAGAAUUUUAUUCGUCAGAAAACAAGAGCGAACAACAAACCUUUAAUUUUACAUAAAUUGUAUCUAGUUACGAGCCGAAGGGAAAAAAAAUUCGUUUGAAAUUCGUCUUUACUAUUUUAUCAAAGCUGCUUUUGAUACUUUUUAAAAUUAUUAUUUUUUUGUUUAAAUAUAAAGCUUUGAUUGAAUAAUUAAAAUAAAUGCAAAAUAUAUAUUUUUUUAAUGUACAAAUGUAAGACUGCUGCUACAACAACUAAUAGUGAUAAAAAAAAUUAAAAUUAUUAUUUUGUUGUUGAUAUUAUUUGAUAAAAGAAUUCAUAGACAUUUUUUUGUUUUUCCUUAGCAUAGAUUGCUCUAACACAAAUAAUCCAAUAUUAAAACUAGCACCAGAGAUAAACACACAAGUAUGGUAAUACUGUACUUUAAAUUAAUGUUAAAUUAAUUAAAUUAAUGUUAAAUAUGUGGGCAUGUGCCAAUUAGUAUCUGCACUUUGGAAACUUGAAAAUGAAUAUAAAAAUCUAUGCAUUUUAUAUGCUAUUAAUGCUUAUAAUUUAUAUUUGCAAUGUAUUUAAACGGGUUAUGGAAACAAGCAUGAACACAGAACAACCUCAUAAACAAAACCAAAUAUCCCUGUUAUAAUUUUACCACUGCACAGACAGAAUUUUGGAAACUUUGGAUUUUCUCAUAUUUAUAACCUCACACAUUUUCAUAUUCUUUAACAAUGGUAGUUUGUUGAAAAUGUUAUUUUUCACAACAACUUGAACGAGGAGAGAGUACAAUACAGAAGAAUUCAUUAUUUAAAAAGAGUAGAAUUUAUUAUUAUUAUUAAUAAUUAGUUUGAUCAUAAUUAUUUUCAGAGAUACAUUAUUUGGUAAUAUUUAAAAGGUUCCUGCUGAUAUGCUGAUAUAACUACAUAAAUAAAUGGAUGGAUGGGUCAGGAAUUAGUUAAACUGCUACUACUCAUGUAAAGAAAAGAAUAAAAAGUAGCAUAACGUCAUUAUUGUAUGAAGCGAAGAUCUAUCAAGCUCAGGAGUUCUUGUCCUCCCCCUAGCGAACAAGUGAAUUAAAGCACAUUGUUUUCCAGCUAGAACUGACUGUGUGGGGGGUUAGUCACUAAAAAUCGAAUUUUAGAGAAUUGUAAACCAGUUUGCGAAAUGUAGACAAUAUAGACAGCUUGUUUUGGGGGGGGGCUCAAAUUAUACAGGUGACCUCAAAUUAUUCUAAGUUCUAUCAAGAACCCCAUUAAAUGUGAGAAACAAGUGCAUAUGAAAAAUGUAAAAAAUAACUUUUAUGCCGGGAUGGGUAGCAGUGAACAUUCAUUUAGAGAGUGACAAACAUAUAAAUUGAAAUUCCACAUUUGUUAUUUUUGUUAUUUAAAUGGUUUUUUGCUUGUUUCCUCCUCCAGUGUACAGCGUCCUUUUAAAUGAAACUUUUUUUUUUUUUAAAACCUACAACAGUAUUAAGGAGAUUUGCUUAAUGGAAUUGGGGCUACAUCCACGUUUUACCAGUGUCACAUAGCUCCAGGGAGCUGGCUUUACUAGACACUGAGGUAUUUACUAAGAUUAACUUAAGAUAGCUAAUCAGGAUAGUUUGGGUGGAGCACAUUGCAGAAUAAAAUGUAUAAAAUUGCUAUAGUCAUCCCACCCACCAGCAAUGAGUGAGUUAAUUCAUAAUCUGUGUGUUUUCCCCUUAAUAAGCAGUCUAAUCAAGCAAUGGCUGUACAUUUAAAGCAGAUGUUAAAAUAUCUAAGGAACAUAAUGGGAGUUGUAUUUUGUCUACGUAAAGAAAAGAAGAGGGGGGUGGGGGGGGGUGAAAGAAAACUUUGUCUCAAGGUCUGGAGAGAAUUGAAAACUAGACAGUGUCUGUGCAAACAUGCAUAUCUUAUCGCCAGUUCUUAUCAUACAUGGUCCUUAGCUCCCUGGACCUCAGUGCCUGUACCUGUUUGUUCGUCUUGCUAUUGAAUACACCUCCCCUGUGUGUUUGUCUUACACAAUGUGCUCAAUAUAAACUGCAGGCUGCUCAAUACCCACAGUGUGUUCUGUGCCCAAUAUCUUGUAGAUGUAAAAUGAUCAGACACAUCUUAAAGAUUGUUUUCAUUUCUCUGAGUCUCAUCAGCAGAAGCCAUGCAAUAAAACCAACCAUAUACCAUUGUCAAAUCUUAUUGUCUCCGAGAUACACACGUCUGGCGACUCCUGUCGUUCUGUUUCAUUGCUGACUAAGAACAUGUAUCUCAUUGAACUGAUUCUUUAGGGAAUGGAUUGAUUCAUUGUGACUCACAUAUCUUCUACUGCAUACAAUCGACGCUGUUAUAUAUAGCAAACCAGUGGGGCCUAUUCACUAAACAGCUAGUUGUGAAGACUUUUGAACCAAUCUCAGAAAAAUAUUGAUUGGAAGGAAAACAGAUUAUUUUGGGGGGGGAAACAACUCUUCUGUAAAAGAAAUGCUGUAAUUUGCAUUACAUAUUUUGAUUAAUUCACUACAACGUGGUGUGGAUUAUUAUAAGCAUUAAUGUGUGUGUGUGCGUGUGUUUGUUUACAGAGACAUAGUUUUUUGUGUGUGGGAUAAGGAUACCUUACUCUUGAAGAUUGUUAUCCAUGUAUGUUGUGUGUGUUUUUAUUUCUGGUGUGUGUGUGCGUGAGGCCACAUUACUUCACUUAUUAACUGUUGUGUGUGUAUGUGUGUUUGUGUUUUGUGUGUGGACUAAGAGACUAAGAGAGAGAAACAGAGGGAGACAGCAAGACAUACAGGCCAUAACUAAAUGUCCUUUUUGUCUCUGUAACCGUAUUUUCUUUCUCCCAGUAGGUAAGAAUUCAUAUAAGUUCAACUAAAAGAGAACUUGGGCGAAAUUCUAAAAGUGGUGCAAACACUAAAAUUUGAAUUACAAUUAACAUUUCAUGGUUCCCAUGGUGAUUGCAUGUAUUUAUUUAUUUCCCCCACAUUUCUGUUAUAGUUGUCAUGCAACUCAGAUUCUUUGGAGACAUAUGGGUAUGACAGCAUGAUAUGUGAUAAUAGUGAGGUAUUCAUUUAUAGAAAAUAUAAUACUGACGUUGGAUUCAGAGAGCACUGUAUAUGACAUGAGUGGUUUUUUUUUUAUACCUAUAGUUGUAUACAUACCUAUAACCCCAUCCAAACUCUGAAAGAAGUGCUGAAUUAGUGACUUGGGUGUCCCUUUUAACAAAUCAACUAAUGAAAAGUUCCCUGAGGAUAAAGGUCAGGGUGAUCACUUUGUUUACUGAAUGUAUAACUAAUUAUUCUCACUAAACUAACGACACACCUUGAAUGUACUGCAGUGCCAAAUCAGAGCGUUGUAACACAUCACUAAAGUAUCUCAAAUCAAACAUCUCAAUUGACACGACUGGCUUACAGUCACUUUCUGUGUAUGAUAUUUAAAGAUAUUUAAUGACAAUAAUCUUGUUUGUGGCUAAACUGAAUUAUGUAUUUUAACAUAUAUAUGUUCCUGUGUAAUAUAUAUAUAUAUAUAUACAUAUAUAUAUAUAUAUAUAUUAUAUUAUAUUAUAUAUAUAUAUACUAAUGAAAUACUAAUCUAUAUAAAGGGAGAGUUUCAUAGCAGAACAUUCAGGCAUUAAAAUCACAGCAUUCUUUUUACUGAGUCUGCAAAGUCAACAAGACAAACAAUCAGUAGAAUCCGACACACACAAAAAAUAUUUUUUCCUUUUUUUAAUUAUUAUUCGUACUAUUAAACAUUAAAAUAGGGGGUGGGGGGAGAUGAUUUUUUUUUUAUAUACCUUAUAAAGAAUGUCCUCCAAACCUGUCUUUAAAAAAUGUGAUUCAGCAUUUAUUGUAUGUUUUCUUUUAUUUCCAAGUCGAAAUUCUGAUUUCCAUGCAAUAAUAAAUGUGUCUAUAUAUAUAUAUUUUUUUUUUUUACUUUUUUUUUAUUUUAUUUUUUUCAAAAGCUUCCCUUACCUGAGUGUAGAAAUGACUGGUUAACAAAAGCGGUUAAACCUAUUCACAGCUGCAGUGAAUUGUUGAAUAGCAUGAAGGUAUAUAUUUACUUAAGUGUUCUGUGUGAGUCUAUCAAUAUUUGAAGUAAGGCAAAGUAUUCUUAUGGGCUUGGAAUUAUACAGACUGAAAUAAAUCACCCAAGUAAUAAAGUUCAAGGGACUUUUUAGAAGCAAAAAGAGAACACAAAUCUAUCUUCUAUCUUCUUUACAGAAUAUUUCAUAGUUGUCGUGAAAAGAAGUAGCAAUCUUUGAAUAUGAAUUUCCUGGAUAUAAAAAAAAAAAGGACUGUACAAAAGCAAAGAAAUUAUGGCAUUUCUAGUUUAGGUUGCUGUCUCUUUAAGAAAUGGGCUGCCAGUAAAUUGUGAAGCCCUAAGAGAGCAGUUACAAGCAUCUACAGGGAGUUUGCAGGCAACUCUUUUCCUAGCUAGACUGUAGGCUGGGUUGAGAGCUGCACAUUGUAAUUUAUUAGUAAGACAGGGAGGUAUUAACCUCAGAAGGGUGGAGCUCAACUAAACUGCAGACAUUUCAGGCAGGUCUCUUUAAUCUCUUCAACUAAAAUCUAUCAGACUAGCAACUUGCAUUUGUAGCACUCUAAUGCACUUCUGGUUGGAAAACUGCAGUCCUUGUGUUUCUUAAGGGAAAGGAGACUUAAUUAAGGGACCUUUUUUUUUUUUAAAGACAUGUUUAUGGGCCAGCACCCUUUGAAGGGAGAAAACUGGAUUUGAUUUGCCUUGUGUAGGAUCCUGAGGAAUACCCAUUUCAUGAGCAGUGUUAUUUUGUCAUGGAUUCCUUUAAAGGAGGUAUGAAUUUGGAAAGAUUGCCUGAGAGCUUAAGACCCCAACCUUCUCACGACAUGGCUUCCAGUUUCCAUUUGCAAAGAACAUCUGAAUCCAGAGAUCCUAUUGAGAAUUCAGCUAGUGAAUCGUCUGAUACUGAAGUUCCAGGUAACUAACUCGUGUAUAUGAUAUAGCAUACAUCAUCCUCAUAUAUAUUUCACGUACUCUUGUAAAUAAGCCAGGACUUAUAAAAUGAGAUAGAAAGAAGAGACUAUGUAUUUUAGAAUAUUACAAUUGUUGCAAGUGUCUGCAUAUUAUGUUUGUGUAUUACAUAUAUAUAAUAUAUUUCCAGUCAAGUCUUGCUUCCUUAAAGGAACACAUGAAGCUACGUAGACUCACAUACAACUUCUUCAAACACUGGAUUCUUGCAGCCACUAAACAUAAAUCAAAUAGAAUUCGAGGUAACAUAAAAUGUUUCCUAGAAGUAUAUAUUAUUACCUCCAAAAUCCCUCUGCCCAAAUACAAGAGGCUAUGUUCAUAUUUAUUAUUAUUAUUAUGAUUACUAUUUUAAAUACAGUCUUCCACUCAUAUAAGUAGAUUAAUAACCGAAGCUUUACCAGUUUUUACUGAAAGAAGAAAAUGUAUUAACAAUACUACACAUGAAACAAAAUAAUUAAGUAUUUAAUUCCCUAGGAUACGUUUUCUCUUAUUAAUAAAUUAUCAUUAUUCCGUAAUGGUAAUCUCUGUGUUUUUAUGCAUCUCAGAAUGUUAUUUUUAUUAUUAUUUAUAUUUUCCGGUCUUAUUUUUCUGGAGAAACUAAAGACUGAGUUUUCUAGAAUUUUAAAAUAGCAUGUUGUUUGGUAUGGUCAGUAUCAACUGUGGCAUGUUUACUGCUUUCUUUUAACAAAGAAAACAAAUAUUAUGAAUUCACAUCGCAACAGCACAUUUGGGAAAAAUAUGCGGACAUCUGCUGUCUCAGAUUAUUUAAGGACAGGCCUAGCACGAAUUUAAGAAAAUUAGGAGGCACUUCUUUUCUGCUGACCCCUUGGAAAAUAGUUGGAUCUGACCACAAACGGUUCCAACCUCACCCCUCAUUCCACUUCCACCAAAAAAUUGACCCUAUGAAUUUGAAGAAUCCCAAUAGGCUGGAUCUGCGGUAGACAUAAAAAAAAAAAAAAAAUACUUUAUCAAUUCAUGAAAAAAUAGCAUUAUUGCAUUUUAUACACAUGUAAUUAGUAAACACUUAUUGUGGUACACAUAUAUUUAUUUAGUUUAUUUUAUACAUCUUCUUUCACAUUUUAUAAGAGAUAUUGAAGUAUUAAAUUAGUCAAAUUUAAAAAAAUGUGCGUUGAGGAAUGUAAAAAGUUGACAUGCAUUAAAACUAUUUGAUUCAGUCUUCUAUGUGUUUUUUAUGUUUUAUGCAAUUUUUUAUUUAGUUUAUUAAUUAUUUAUUCCAAUUUUUUUUUUUCUAGAAAUUUAAUAGAUUAGACAGGUCAUAUUAGGUGACUUAAAAAGAAAUGGCAGCAAACUACCAGAGUUUUUCCCCCCUCUGUGGCCUAUUUAAGGCAAGCCCUGGAGAUUGCCUGUAAUAGAAGACUAAGCGAUUUCUGUACAUUCAUCGCAAGAUAUGUUAUCGCUAUCUGUCUUUCUAUCUAUCUAUCUAUCUAUCUAUCUAGUAUUGAAAGGUUGUGAAAGAAGCCGUCUAAAAAUGAUUAAUUACUUUUACAUUAAAUUAUUGUUGAGUUAAAUCGUUUUUUGCAAUAAAGAAAACGCAACCUGCACAUAGAUAUGUACUUGUUUGCAUUUGUUUAAUAUUUUACAUGUGUAGUUGCUGAAUUCUCUGUAACGUGUGGUAUGUUUAAAUAUAAAAUAAAGCACACGUAUGCGGAUUAGAAUUGUACUAGGCAGGUAAAUCAUCAAGGGUCUAUCGCCUAAAUAGUGAAUUUACAACCGGUUUUGUAAAAUUAAGGCCACAAUACCCCAGAUGGAGAUAAACUUUCUAUGUCAGCUAAAUGAGAGAUUAUUCUAACUCAGGCAUAGGCAACCGUCGGCACGCCAGAUGUUUUGGACUACACCUCCCAUGAUGCUUUGCCAGCAUUAUAGGUGUAAGAGCAUUAGGGGGAUGUAGUCCACAACAUCUGGAGAGCCGAAUGUUGCAUACCCCUGUCUAACUUUUUUUUUUUUUUUUUUUACACACUUGACAUGUAACAUUCAGUGUUCAGCUCACCCCAACACAUUGUUUAGUGGACGAUCCCCCAUAACUUCCUUCUACUUAUCCAACACUACUUAAUUGUACAAAGAGGGACUUUGCUCAAAAUAUUACAGCUGGGUAGCUGGUCUGUCAAAUACAGUAACCUAAUCUUUGCGUGCGUAGCUUCUGCCUACACACUCACCAUUUUAUGCCUCUUUCACUUUCCUUUUGUCCUGCUGUAUAUUUUAUUUUUCAGUAUGUUUUUCAGUUUUCACACUUUUAAGUCUAGCCACCAUAUUUUAGUACUUUUGGUCCUAAACUAAAAAAAAUAAUAAUAAUAACACAAACACACACACACAUACUAUAUAUAUAGAAUUUAAUGUGUGUGUGUUAAUUACUUUUUUUAUUUUAUACAUAUCGGUUAAUUAAAUGCCUUUGAUUAAGGAGACCAUUUUUUUGCUGUAUUAGAAUUACAAAUGCCUGCACUUUAUUUAAAGCAAAUUUUAACGAAGCAUUUAAGUCACAUCCCCCGUUUCAAUUUAAUUUAUAACACAGAGAAGUAAAAUGUCCCAUCCACACACACAGUGAUACCAACUGAGAACAAUAUUUUGGCCAAAAUCGCUGAAGGGAAAAAAAAAUGCCAAAAUACAUUUUCAAUUUUAUCAGAUUUAGAGGUUGCUUCAAACUAUAUUUUGGCUGAAAUUGUAUAGUUCAGCUGUCAGUUUACCACAACUGAAUAAAUCUGUCUGUUAGGACCCCUCUGUCUCUCUCUUGGGCCUGUUUUGCAUUCUUCUCUCCCUUCUCAAUUGACAACUGUCUGGGUUCUAUUAAUGGUUCUAGUUUCUUAUAUGGUUUGUUCGCAGAAAAGGAUAGAAGUUUGGAACCAAAAAGUGAGGACGGGACCAUAGAAGAUCCUUCCAAGAAAAAGAAGCAGAGGAGACAAAGAACUCACUUCACCAGCCAACAACUGCAGGAGCUGGAGGCCACCUUUCAGAGAAACCGCUAUCCAGAUAUGAGCAUGAGAGAGGAGAUAGCUGUAUGGACCAAUUUAACAGAGGCCAGAGUCAGGGUAAGCCGAGUACAACAGAACAACUUAACCAAACCGCACUGUGCAGCCGGAGGCACAGAGGGCUGUAGAAAUCUGCAAAAAUGCAAUGAUAAACCAUGAAACUCUACCCAUUCAUUGUGUACAGAGCUAGAAUUUACUGCUAGACUCAGAUCCUGCUUGCACUACACUAUGAUCAGAGACUCUCCCAUCCUCUUUCAGAUUUCAUUAGAUUUAAUCAGCUAACCCUAAAAAUAACUGAAAUGUAUUCCCAGAUGGAUGGACGUAUUGAUUGCAUGUUUAUAGUAAUACCAGCAACUAAUUCACUAUUCUACAUGGAAAGAAUGAACGGCUGGAGAAUAUGUGAGUGCGUGCAAAACGUGUAACUGCCUGCAUGGCACCCAUAUUUGAAUGUAUAUAUGCAACUAAAAUAUCAGAAUUAUAAUUCAGAUUUUAUUAGUUUUGUGGGGAGAAACAACAAUAAUGAAAUCGCAUUCUCAUGUGUCGACAUAGCUACACAUUUAAAACGGCACCAUCCAUUGACAGACAAACAGAGAGAGAGAGAGAUAACGAGCCAGUAAAUUCUAGAUUUAAUAACUAAAUGCUGUCUCUGUCAGGGCAGUCCCAUUUUUUUGCACCCCGAUAGUUAGCAGAUUUAUAGUUCUCUUACCAUGAGGCCUGCUAAUAAGGUCCUGUUUCAUGUAUUAAAUUACUUUACAGAACCAGCAUUUGCAGUUCACAAAUGAAAAGAAAACAUUUGACCGAUGUUUAAUUAUAACUCCAUUCAAACUGUUUGGUAAGAUUAGCUCCAGAUAAAGUAAUAUUGUAAUAUACACCGACCCAAAUUAACCCUUCUGGCUAAAUUCUGGAUCUGUGAUACUGUGAAGUACAGUAGCAUGUAAUGCAUUAAUAUCUUUGAUAGACAGACACGCAGGCAUACAGAUAAUAGAUAGAUAGAUAGAUAGAUAGAUAGAUAGAUAGUUCUAGCUAUAUAAACAGUGGCACUUCUACUAGUAGUUGAAUAUGCUAGAGUAAGUCAUUAAAGAGUGAGUUAUGAAGUCUUGCGGACAUACUUAUUUCUAUUAAGAUCAAUAUUAUAUUUUUAUUAUAUAUAUAUAUAAACAUUUACUGAAGACUAGUUUUAGAUUUUAAUCAUUCUUUUUUUUUUUCAAAAUAUGCCUUGCCUUUGCCUAUUUUUUAAAGUCUGAUUGUCUGAUCACUGUUUAGUAAAUAGUCCCUGUAAAUUUCCAAAUAGCUGUACAACAUCCCUACAAAAUGAACAUAUUCUUAGACCCAGUUGAAGUCGUUUCGUUUUGCAGAGACACAUUAAAAAUAUUGCAGGCACCAAACAAAGACCAGAUGGAAAAGCAAAACCCAGGACUGAACCUCAAGGCAAACGGAGACUGAAAGGUGCAUUUCAUAUGGACCCUAAUAAAGCCUGGAGAAGAGGAAAUGAUUUGCAUGUAAAAAAAUAAUAGUUCAAACUAGCUUAAAAGGGUCAGUGAGUUUAGUUUUAGUUCUGGCUGUAUUUUCACCAGCUCACUGCUUAAAAUGCAGACAACUGAAAAAUACUUUAACAACUUAAAUUCAACAUCAAAUCUUUUUGUUGCUUAUUUGGGGCAUGUCUUGUCCACACCAUGUUACACAGUGAUACUAUGCUGAGCUGAAAGAAAGCUCUGUAAUGUGUGAGGCUUCCUUUCACUGCUGUAAAAGCCUAUUUAGUAAAGGGUGGGAGGUUUCUUCUGAACUUCUGCAUGGAGGUUUGAAUUUGUAUCUCAUAUUUUCUAGAAUUUAGCAUAAUCUUCCUCAGUUACACGCAUUUUGAUUGAUUGAAAAGCAUUAGGGUUUGACACAAAAUAUGGAGAAUUCUACACUUUAUAAUGUUAAGGGCUAGUUCAUAGAUAAUCUCCAAAAUUCUAAUUAUAACAAUUUCAGGCAUGUGUGCUUUUAAUUCAUGGCUUCCUGACAGCAGUCUGUAUGGAUAGCUUUCACUAUUCAGAAUGAUUGAGAUGACAUGGAUUACAUUAUUGAUUUAUAUAGCAAGCAUGAAUUCUACCCCUAUAACAGAGAAAUAUAUACAAAUUUUGAAAAUAAAUAUAUUGUGUAUAGUGCAUCUCAUACAAACGAGACAUAAUGCUUCGAUCGAUUUAUAACAGUAUUGGUAUUUAUUUUUACAUAUGUAAAAUCUGCCGCUAACAUGAAAAUGGAAUAGACUUGGAGAUGGAAGCUGUUUUGCAUAGAGACAAACACUAAAUUAUAUUCCCACAAAUUCAUAAACACUAAUACACACAACUCAUACACCUUAACAAUCCUACACGGAAAGGGGCACACAUACAAUGACAUACCCAAAGGCUUAUACACACAGGGAUAAAAUACACAUACAUGCACAAAAUGCACACAGAUACAAACACAGACAAAAACACACACACACAUGCGUUAACACAAUACACACAUACAAGAAUGAACACCUAUACAUAAACACAAAUGAUCUAUCAGCACACAUAUCUCAGACAUAUGUACACACUGAGAUAAACGCAAAGCACUCUCUAACACCACACAACAUUCCACACACCACACACAUAAUAUCUCAUAUACAGACAUACAUACACAUGCAAGCAAGCACAUUCAUACACACAUGAAAACGCACACUUACACCAAAACACGCCCAUUUAAUUCUCACAAAACAUUUGAAAAUACACACAAAUGAAAUGCAAUGUCAAUGAAAGGAAGCAAUUAUUUACAUAAAGAUAACAUAGCAAAGUACUUAUAUAUACUACUGUUCUUCGAUUGACAGUAAUAAGGGCCGAUAAGGAGAGUUUAUCUUGAUAGAACCAUGACAAAUGUAUAAAUCAUGUAUUUGCUAUUUUUUUCUUCUUCUAAUUUUUCACGUAGAUAAAAGUUUAAUGGAGAAAUUCCAAUAACUAUAAACCUUAAUAUAUAAUAUAUGAAAUGUUUCCAGUACAGUUUAUAGCUGUAACAGAUAUAGCAGAAUACAGUACAUUUAUUCAUACUUGUAUAAAUGCUUUUAAUUAUAGUAAAGCACAUUUGUUGGAUGUAGAGUGCAUUUAUGUUUAUAUGUGAAUAUUUGUACUUUUGCAGAUAUGGUUACAAAAUGAAGGAGUAUAAAAUGUAAUGUUAUUGGCUAUACUUGCGUGGUGAGAGAGAGACAUGAUUGUGAAGGUUUGCUUGUUUAUCAUAGAGAGUUAUUAAUUACCACACACCUAGAUUAUGUGGUUAUCUACAUAUACACACUGUGCAGUGAUUGUGUGUUACUGUGUAUAUAUUAGCUUUGUGGAAAUGUAAAAUACAAUAGCAACUUAUGCAAUAUUGUCUGUUUUUGUUGCUUACAUACAUAUGUUCUCACAAACACAGAUACAACACUGAAACCCCUACAAGACACAUACCAUUAUGGCAUAAAAUCCUCAGUAGCAUUAAAGACCUGUACCCUAAGAUUACUUUUACCUGUAUGUAUUUGGGCUUUGGAGAUACACACACCCACAAAGUGCAAAGUGUGUUUGUUUGCCUGCUGAUAUACAAAUAAACAAGGACAUGGCGAUAUGAAAAGUUUGUAGUAUAUACUUUUCCAUCAGCUCAGCAAAUAUAGACGCAGGGAGGGUGCAGUGUCACUAAUGUAUAGUGGGUGUAGUGUGACCCAUCAAUAUAGAGGGUGCAGUGCCACUAAAGCAUAGAGGGUGCAAUGUAAUAAGUCUGUUUAUGUAAGGCAGUGCAUCUCCCAGUAAAAGGUCACAAUCUGGUCACAAUCAGACAUUUUUAGGAAGGUUAUAUACUAUAGAAGACCCGUAGACAAUUUUGUUAGAUGCAGUCUUUUGGAUCGACAGCAAAAAUCAAAUAAGAGGAAGGCUGAACUUGAUGGACUCAUGUCUGUUUUCAGCUAUGUAAUUAUGUAAGUCCCUGAUCACUUAACCUGACUCAUUAAUAACGAUUUACAAAUUCAUCGUUUAAUCUUAACUUGCAUUAGUUACAUUGUAUUCUUGCAAUACACGAACACACAUACAACGACUCCUUAAAUGCAUAGUGCAGUAUUAAAGUAUUAAUUUGGAAUAAUAUGCUUGUUUGUUCCAAUUAUAUUAUGGAUUUAUAGAAAUGUUAUAUUUGUUAAUAGUUUUGUGUGAUAAAAAUCCGUGUUAUAUUUGUUAAUAGUUUUGUGUGAUAAAACUCCGUUUUAUAUAUAUUAUUAUUAUUAUUAUUAUUAUUAUUAUUAUUAUUAUUAGGACAUAAAUCGGAUUUAGGAAAGCAAUAUAUAUGUAUUUAGGACAGAAAGAGAUACAUACAUACAUAAGUGUGUGUUCUUCUUUUUGCAAGAAUUUGUAAAACAGUGACAUAUAACUAUUAAUAAAUGUAGAAUUAAUAGUUGAAAAAAAUAAUAAGGAUACAAGUAUAAAUAAGUUCUACAAGCACUGUAAUUUUCCAGGUAGGCCACAUUACAAAUCCCACCAUAGGAUGAAACACAAGCAAAUUAGAUAUAUAUAUAUAUAAAAUUAUGUUAACACACUUAAUAUGUGCUAUACCACCCGAUCCCCUCUGUCUGAAAGCCAAUUAAGUAGGCUUUUUAUAUAUUAAAAGAAACAUUAACACGCUCUUCUCUCUUUAUCGAGUUUCAUUUUUUUUAUUUUUGUUUUAGAGAUCCUUACAUUUGUAAUUCGCACCCCAGCUCUCGAUUUUACUAUCUUAUGUUGGAUAUGACAUUAAAGCAUAUUGAUCAAACAUCAGAUGUCACAAUGUUUAAAAAUAAAUAAAUAAAUAAAUAAUAAUCAAGACAGAGGUCUCGUUUGUUUUAAGAUAAUUUGCCUCUCACUAUUAUCUAUCAUUUAUUCAAUUUAGCCGUCAUAGCAAUUACACGGAGGACUGCUAUAGAGUGCAGAACAGAGUAUUAAAGGACAAUUCUGUUGAUUCAUUUUUAACCCAUACUUAUAAUAAUGGCUCUUUUUUAAACCAUAUUUGCCAGUACUGCAGAAAUAGUUUUAUACUGAUAGUUGUGUGUGUUUGUGUGCGUAUAUUUGCUCCUGUAUAUUCAUUGUAUAGACUGACUGUAUUAAAUACUUUUUUUUUGUCUGUGCUUGUGUGUGUUUGUGUGACUGUAUAGGAUGGAGAUACAUACGCACACUUAAAAUAUUUCCUUUAUUCUUGCACCAAUUUUCAAUUUCAGACAAACAUAAAAAUGUAAACAGAUUGGUCUGCUGUGUUUAUGAAACAAAUACUAUUCUAAUUAGGAAAGCUUUGUCCUAGUCUUUAUUUAUACCCCGUGUGUUUUGUUUACCAGUAAAAGGGGCAGAUAGCAAUGGGUUUUAUUAAAGAAAUUGUUAGAAGCCCCCCACCCCCUCUUACACCCCAGUUAAGGGUAUGCAGUCAGCAUAUGAAGUUCUGCAACUGGUCAAAGCAGUAAAUCCUAAUUAGUUAUACAAUCAUAGUCUACAUAUCCAAAGGGCAAUGUAAAGAUUUUGCUCAAACAUUGCUAAUCCAAUCCCCCUUUUUAUGAUCUGUAACAAGGCACUUUUAUGAUGCAGUAUAAAUAGUCGGAAAUGCUGGAGUGCUGGUGCACAAAUGUAUUAUUAGAGAAAGGAAUUGAUAAAACAUUUAUCCUGGCCAAUUAAUAUUCAGGGUCAAAUUAAAAGCAGAUAUCCUUAUGGAACUGCAGAAAAAAAAAUAUAGAACGAGUGGAUAUGACAACUUGCAGUUGAUCAGUUGCUGGUGAGCAUUGUGUAAAGUUAUAGUAAAAUAUUAUACAAUGUGUCAUAUUCUCUCACAUUUGAAAGGUUUAUAUUAUCUCAGUAUUUUCUGCUGCAGUUUAUGACAUAACCUGGAGAUAAACCUAGUAAUCACAAAUGCUACGUUAUGCACACCAUUUAAAUCAAAGUGCUAUGGCAUUCUAAGAAGAACACGCUGCAUGGCAAAUAGUUAUUCACUAAACUCAAAAUUGUAGCAAAUUGAAAUCAGAAUGGAGUGAACAAGGCUAAACUAGCCACGCUGUGAUUAUACCUGUGUUGGUGAGUUGAAGAAUUGUUCCGGAUCAACGAUUUAGCCUUCAUUUUUCCAUUCAUAUUCAAGUUUCCUGACAUUCGAUGUUAAGUGAACAAGCCUCUAUAAAACAGACUGCCCUAGGAGUUAAUGCAGCUUAAAUAUACUGUUGUACUGGGUAACUGGCAUAAUGAACACUUUAGAUGACUUAGAUCUUCCGCAAUAACCUCACCAGGUGCAGUAAUAUCAGGUAUUCUGCCUGAUUUAACAUAAAGCACAAUUUAAAACAUAUUUAACCUGUUGAAAGAAAGGCCAAUUUUAGAUUUAUAGCAUACUGGUUUUUUAUUCUCAUUUUACUUAAUUAAAAAACGAAUUUUUAAUCAAAAUGUGCGGUAUUGGUAGACAAACAAAACAAAAAAUAAAAUAAACAUAAAUCUCCCCUAUAACAACAGCCUGUUUUUGAUGUUUAGUAAAUAAUCCCCUCUCAGAGGUGAUAUUAGUAUCUCUAACUAUUACUUCUAUGCAAAAAAAAAAUGUGCUACGAUGCAGCAUUUAGAAGAAAUAUGCUAUUAUGAGUCACUAAUUGCAGUAUUCCCCAAGUACAAAUAUCCGAUGUCCCUGAAUAUCUAUACCCAUUAAUUAGUUGUUCUACCCAUAAGAAUACUGCCUAAGUAUUUAUUAAAAAUGUUUAAAAUUUACAGUAUUGUCUUGGGAUGUUGAGGUUUCAGGUUUCCUAGUCCCUGUAAAUCAUUUAUAAACAUCCAUCCUUGGGUGUGUUACUUACCUAGUGUCCUAUGAUAAUUACUAUUUUUAUCCCACCCUCAGGUACAAAUCUCAAUUUCCCCUUUUGUGUGCUUUAAUCUCCUACCCACAGCUGCUAUUAGGAUAUUAGUCAAUGGUUCGCUUUUGGUUUAUGUGUUGUGUGUUCUAUUUGUUUCUUUGACCCUACUUUUUUUUUUUUUUCAUUAAUAUUAUUGAGAUCAAAAUUGUGUGUCUCAGGGGUCAGAGGGUUUGCUGGUGACCUUUUCUUUCCUGGGGCCUCAUUUAUGGUUUUAAUGUUUCUUAACUUUGCAGGUCUGGUUCAAAAACCGCAGAGCCAAGUGGAGGAAGAGGGAACGCAACCAACAAAUGGACUUGUGCAAGAAUGGCUAUGUUCCUCAGUUCAGUGGCCUCAUGCAACCAUAUGAUGACAUGUACGCUGGCUAUCCAUAUAACAACUGGGCUACAAAAAGUCUGACUCCUGCACCGUUGUCUACUAAGAGCUUCACCUUCUUCAACUCCAUGAGUCCAUUGUCUUCUCAGUCUAUGUUUUCUGGGCCAAGUUCCAUCUCUUCAAUGAGUAUGCCAUCAGGCAUGGGUCAUUCUGCAGUCCCUGGCAUGCCAAACUCAAGUCUAAAUAACAUCAACAAUCUUAAUAACAUCAGUGGGUCUUCCCUCAAUUCAGCGAUGUCUUCAACUGCUUGUCCAUAUGGACCUCCUGGAUCUCCUUACACCGUUUAUAGGGACACAUGUAAUUCCAGCUUGGCUAGUCUCAGACUUAAAUCCAAGCAGCAUUCAACUUUUGGAUAUAGCAGUUUACAGAGCCCAGGGUCUAGUUUGAAUGCAUGCCAAUAUAACAGUUGA